AUGGCGGCGACGAUGGCGAGGGCGGUGGUGGUGGCCGUGCUGCUGAUGCAGUGCUGCAACGUGAUCCUAGCGGCGAGGCCGUUGCUCGAUGCGGCGGCAGGGGACGGCCGCGGGUGGCAGCUGGGGCACGACGGCGAGGCGCUCAUGGAGCGGCAGGCCACGGCAAAGGCAACCCCACCGCACACGCCACGCUCGCCCGUCCGUCUGUCCUACUCCUUCCGUGGAGAUCUCGGGAUCCCUCAACCGCGUGCCGCCCGCGCCGAGGCCGACCAUGAACGGCAUCGGCGACGUCGCCGGCGGCAGCACGUGCAGCAGCAGCUGGGGGUGUCGCUGCCGAUGGCGACGUCGUCCUUCGCGCCCGACGCGGCCAGCGCCAAGCCGAGGCCGCCAGGUCUAUCGCCAACGCCACCCCCGGCGUCGUUCGCCGGGCAUCGGCCCUCGCCGGGGGACGUGUGCAUGGACAUCGACCCCGCGGCGCGCAGUAACAAGGCGCACCGCCGCUCCCGCAGCGACGUCCCGUUCGGGUACUUCCCGCCGGCGACGUCCCACCUCCCGCCGCCCAAGGUGGAGGCCGGCUGGAGCCACCACGGCGUUGGCGGCGGCGGUGACGCGGACGACCUCUUCAACGCGUACCUCAAUCUGGAGGGGCUGGACGGGCUCAACUCCUCCGACGAGCGCCACGACGACGGGGACAGCCGCGGGAGCGGCAUGAAGACCAACGGCGCCGACAGCAGCGAGAACGAGUCGGAGGAGUGCGCCGCCGGGAUCCGACUCUGGGGCGAAGCCGGCGCCGCUGGCGACAGGCGGGAGGGGCUCAAGAGGAGAGCCGCGGGGGACCCGGCGGCGGCCACCGCGCCCAUGCCGCGCCACGCUAGGAGCCUGUCCAUGGACAGCCUCAUCGGGAAGCUCAACUUCUCCGCCGGCGCGGCGGCCAACGGCGUCAUGCCGGGGCCCAACAGGUUCAGCCUCGCGUUCGGCAGCGGCGAGUUCACACCCGUCGAGAUGAAGAAGAUCAUGGCCGACGAGAAGCUCGCCGAGAUGGCCCUCGCCGACCCCAAGCGCGUCAAGAGGGUGCUCAACUUUUCCUAGUGUGGCAACCUAGUUUCUUUGUUCUCGGCCAGAUUGUCAUUUUCAGGUGCUCAACUUUUCCUCUUUUUUAGAUUGAUUGUGCAAAUUAAACUUUGUGCACUCUUAGCUAGCUAAUCAACCAUGCAUAUUUUCAUUUUCAGAUCGAGGACGCUACUGUUAGUGCGACCUCUGCUGGUGUGUGUGCGCGCGCUAAGACUCAUCUUUUAUCUUUCUUCCUAUCAAAUUUAGGAUUCUAAGAUAUCAUAACAAAUGAGCUCCAUUAAUGUUAUGUGCCUACCAGCUAACCACUUCCUAUAUAUGCACUUAUUUUUGCUUAAUGAAAGUAUCAUAAGUUCAUUCAAAGAUUUUUUUGUUAACCAUUUAAUAUGUUGUCCUUUAAGGCUCUUAUUUAGUGUUGUACCAAAGACUAUUGGAUACUUGAGCAUUUAUUUAGAACAACCUGAUGAUUGUUCUAAAUAAAUGCUCAUUUGAUAGCCAAAUCUCAUUUAUCUAGGUUAGCCAAAUCUCAUUUUGCAAAGAAAUACGAGGAGUGAUGUUGACUGAGCAGCGUAGUUUUCUUUGUGCAGCGAUCGAGCCACAUUGUCAGCUUUCAGGUGGCUACUUUUGUUGCCUAGCUAAUAUUCUCCUGCAUGCAAGUCCUUGUGUCCAUCAUUAGAAGGAAACGCGUUUCUUGAUUGAGCAUGGGGUAUGUAUGGGGAUGGGCUUAUGACCCGAAGCUCGCUAGCAGCUGCUUUAUUUCCUGUCAACUUUUGCAAAGUUCACAAGCAGGUAGUACGUACGUGGGCAGCUAAAACAAACGCGUGUGAGGUCCGGGCACGUGCGCCCACCAAGACAGCGGGCAUUUCUUCUAGAUACGGAGCCGUCCACGGCGGGGUAGGGGGGCAUUCGGAGCGCCGUCCACCUCAAGCGAGGAGUGGCCCCACGCCCGACCUUCGGAUCCUCGGCCAGACAUGGGGCUGAGCUGCUGUCAGCGCUACCAUGUUGGGGAGCAAGCGAGCUGCCUUCACCACGAAAGCAGUGCUCUUGCAGCUGGCGUUGAAUGUCGCUGUCUGUCAAACUGAUGAUGACACGAGAGGAUGAAAUGUUUCCUCCCAAAAGACAAGACAUGUCAUGAGAAAAUGUUGCAGCCAUGUGCUCUCUCUCUUCACCCACUUGCUCUUUUUCACUCAGCGUGAGAAAAGUGCAUGCAUGUGGGUAAUAAAGAAAGAGCACCCGUGAUGGCCAAGAUAUUUAGGAUAUCGCUGGCAGGGUGCAUGCACCAAAGAACAAGAUAAGAUCAAAUUUACCUCUACAACAUAGGAGUCAAAACUAAAAAUAAUAGCUCUUUUGUCUUGUUAUGCAAGUAGAGGGUCCUCUGCCUAUUAUAUAAGGAGGGUCCUCAAGUGGAAGGGAAGAGACCCCGCUCGAAGCAAGGAACUCAUGUACUUCUUCCUCCUUGUAAUCCCCUCAUCAAAACAGCAACAAGAGCACCCCUACCACCCGCCCGCUCUUCCGGACAAACCUCCACGUCAGCGCAGGAUGCAGCGGCGGUGGAGAAGGCAGCGACGGCACGAGCAUGGACAAGAGGAGAAGAAGGCGGCGACGCGCGGGAUCAGACGACCUCUAGUUCUUGCACAAAUGUUAA